UGUUAGACCAGAACUGAGGCACUGAGCGGAACUUCCCCGUAGCAAUGUCUUCUUCCAUAGCCAAACUCAACACCUCCUUCAUCGCAAUCCUCAUCCUCCUCACCUCUCCUCUCUCCUCCUCAUCUCUCCCUAACGGAACCCUCCAGAUAAUCGACCUCUGGUAUGACUGGCCCAGCGGUCGAAACUUCAACAUCGUACAGGAUCAGCUGGGUUCAAUCCUCUACGACCUCGAAUGGAACAACGGCACCUCCUUCUUCUACAGCUUAGACUCUUCCAAAAGCUGCAGCAGCGUUCAACUUGAAGUAGGUAUUCUCCGCCCCAAUUGGUUCGACGGAGCUGAGUAUAUGGGUCAGCGCCACGUGGAUGGGCUCCUCUGCAACGUUUGGACCAAGGUCGAUUUUCUUCAGUAUUAUGAGGAAGUUGUCACCAAGAGGCCUGUUCUUUGGGUCUUUUACACAGGGAGGGAGGCACAUGCGAUGACAUUUGAGGUCGGAGCUGUGCUCGAAGAUGCAAAGUGGCAAGCUCCUGUCUACUGUUUUGAUAAGAAAGCUGAAAGUGAUAACAAGGGAGCAGGGUUUUCUAUCACUGGUUCUAUAUAUGGACGGAUUGAUAAGAAGUCCUUUCAUGGGGAUUUGAUUUUUUUUUUAGUGAUCUUCAUUUUCUAUUCAUGUGAUCCAAUGGUACUCUAAUAUUAAUUAUUGUAUAGAUUUUUAUCCUAAACUUGU